AUACAGUCAGGGAAGAUGCAGCGGUUUCAGAAGGUGUUUGGGCGGCUGCAGGCGGCCGCUGUCGGCAUGGUCCAUGUCGGGGCACUACCAGGGACACCAAGAAGCAGUGAAACUGUUGGCCAGCUGAUCGACAAGGCCUGUAAAGAGGCAGAGAUAUACAAGAGAGCAGGAUUGGAUGCUGUGAUGGUUGAAAACAUGCACGAUGUGCCAUACUUGUUGGGUGGUGAUGUUGGCCAUGAGGUAACGGCUGCGAUGACAGCAGUGUGCAGAGAGGUCCGUCGCGUGUGUCCUCGUCUACCGUGCGGUGUGCAGGUUCUAUCAGCAGCUAACAAACAGGCACUGGCUGUAGCUCUGGCUACAGGUCUGGACUUCGUGCGUGUGGAAGGGUUUGUGUUCUCCCAUGUAGCAGACGAGGGGCUGUUGAACAGCUGUGCUGGUGACCUGCUGCGAUACAGGACACGGAUUGGUGCAGACAGCAUCAUGGUCUUUACUGACAUCAAGAAGAAACACAGCUCCCAUGCCAUCACUGCAGAUGUGAGCAUUGCUGACACAGCACGUGCAGCAGAGUUCUUCCUGUCGGAUGGCGUCAUAGUUACAGGCACCGAGACGGGCAGACCAGUGGACAGUAAGGAGCUCAAAGAGGUUCAUCAGGCUGUAGACAUUCCAGUGUUGGUGGGGUCUGGAGUCAGCACAGAAAACCUUCCGACAUAUCUCAGGGCCAACGGACUGAUUGUCGGGUCCUACUUCAAGAAAAAUGGGCUUUGGCAGAAUGAGGUGGACCUGGACAGAGUGAACAUGUUCAUGGACAGGUUGUCAACUCUGAGACAGAAACUCAGGUGACAGUUCUGUGGAUAGCCUGUGUUACACAAUCUCUGGCUGUCUGGGGCUGAUUGUGCCUUACUGACCAGAGGAAAAGCCACUAGAAGUGUGAUUAAUCAAAUCAACAAAUUUUAUAGAGGACAGAGGACAAUUUUUCCAAAAUUUUCUGUGUUUUUAAAAUCAUACUAUGUGCGUCAUAUUCCAAUUAUAAAACCAAGGGUCCCACAAAUCCAAUUUUUGUUGCUCAGAGAUUGCUAUCUAGUGAAAAAGGGGGCUCAGAAGAUUGAUAUGCUAAGUGGAAGUAACAUGAUGCCAGUUGAUGAAACUUUGUUUGACUUUGGGGAUCAACCACUGUGACCAAUUUUAAUCUUAAAAAAUCAUGAAAGUGAUCAAUAUAAUUUGAAGAGCAAGAAUGCUAUAUCAGACUAAUACUUAGAGGGGAGUCAAUUUGUACAUCCAUUUCAGAUUCAAUUUAUUCACCCAUUUUAUAAAAUGCUAUUAGUCCCCCCCUUGUAUUAGAUAUCAAAGCCAGAAAGAAUGUGUAAAUACUAGUAAAUGAAUAUAUCAUAUUUUGUAUCACUGUUAUCCCAAAAUAUUUUACCAAGAAAUUUAUUUCAUCAUAGCAAGGGUAUACAUUCACAUGACAUGCACCAAAAAGCUACUCUAGCAACUGGAUAUAAUUUUGGAAAUGGUCAGAUGUUUGUACAUGUACAUGACAUGUAUUGUUAACCUCGUCUUGGCACCUUAAAAGUGCACAGAAUGGAAUACUAAACAAUAAUAUCAAAAAUAUUUGUUCUGUCAUGUUGCCUUGUCUCGGCAAUAAAAGAGUUUGUUUAGAAUACUUCUUUGCAAAUUACAGCUUGUAUUUCCUCAUUUUGCAGCUUUGUUGGUUGAUUAACAGUGUGGUUGCAAGCCUUUUUGGAAACGCAUAAAAAUUGAUGUGUGCAUGGAUGCUAUUCAUAUGAUUAAAGUGUGGCCUUACUAUCAGACUAAGCAUGCCAUCAGCAGUAUGCUAUUACUAUUAGAAGGAAAUAUUUGUGUAGCAAUGCCUUCUAAAGCACCUGGUAAUAGAUAAUAAAUAAAGGAAGAGUC